AUGAGACGGGAUCCUAAGGGAUCGAGCUACCCACCUGUAAACUCGGGAUGUUCGAUUGAACUAUUCACCCGCCUAAAACCCUCUACUUUUGCUAGUGGCAAUGACCUAAUCAUGGCCGAGACAUGGGUGCAGGAGAUGGAGAAAAUACUGGCAGUGCUGAAUUGCACUAAGGAACAGAAGGUUCUCUUCACCACCUUUAAGCUGACAGGAGGGGUCGAACGAUGGUGGCAAGCGGUGAAGCUGCUGGAAGAGCACCGAGCAGUAUUCAUGGUGAUGAACUGGGGACGUUUCAAAGAGGUCUUCUACAACCGGUAUUUCCCCGCCACCAACAGAAAUGCAAAGGUAGAGGAAUUUUUCAACCUGACUCAGGGGCAUCUUACUGUACAACGGUACGCUGCUAAGUUCAUGGAGCUUUCUCGCUUCAUUCCUUCCAUGAGAAGUGCAGAAACAUCAGAGCGGAGGAAGAGACCUAUGCCUCCUAAUUCCUAUGCAGAUUUCAGACAGGGUUCAUGGAGGGGCGACAUAGAUGCUACGAGUCAGAGGCUAGAUAGGGAUGAUCGAGGACGUCAGGGUGAUUCAUCACGCCCCCACUAUGCUCGGUGUAAUCUGAGGCAUUGGUGUGAAUGCCAGGGCAGGAAUGUUGUGUGCUAUAGGUGCGGCAGAUAUAGCCAUAUAGCUCGGGAGUGUCGGGGACCGCUGAACAAUGCACCCGCUCCUGAUCAAAAUUGGAGAAACAAUUUGGUGCUUCGUGGCAGCCCGGCACGUGUCUACACACUUGCCCCAGCUGAGAUAGAUAUUGUUAGAGGCGCAAGUAACGUGUUUAUGUUUGGGAUAAGCAAUAAUUUCAUUUAA